AGGGAGCGGGAGAUCUCGGGGCUCGGAGUCGGCCGCCGCUCCGCUCCGAUCGCUGUGGGGCUCGGAUUUUUGGGGGUGGGGGGGCGGGGGGGCUCAGAUAUGGAGGCAAAUGGGAGCCAAGGCACCUCGGGCAGCGCCAACGACUCCCAGCACGACCCCGGUAAAAUGUUUAUCGGUGGACUGAGCUGGCAGACCUCACCAGAUAGCCUUAGAGACUAUUUUAGCAAAUUUGGAGAAAUUAGAGAAUGUAUGGUCAUGAGAGAUCCCACUACGAAACGCUCCAGAGGCUUCGGCUUCGUCACGUUCGCAGACCCAGCAAGUGUAGAUAAAGUACUAGGUCAGCCCCACCAUGAGUUAGAUUCCAAGACGAUUGACCCCAAAGUUGCAUUUCCUCGUCGAGCACAACCCAAGAUGGUCACAAGAACAAAGAAAAUAUUUGUAGGCGGAUUAUCUGCGAACACGGUGGUGGAAGACGUAAAGCAAUAUUUCGAGCAGUUUGGCAAGGUGGAGGAUGCAAUGCUGAUGUUCGAUAAGACCACCAACAGGCACAGAGGGUUUGGCUUUGUCACUUUUGAGAAUGAAGACGUCGUGGAGAAAGUCUGUGAGAUUCACUUCCAUGAAAUCAAUAAUAAAAUGGUAGAAUGUAAGAAAGCUCAGCCGAAAGAAGUCAUGUUCCCACCUGGGACCAGAGGCCGGGCCCGGGGACUGCCUUACACCAUGGACGCGUUCAUGCUUGGCAUGGGGAUGCUGGGCUACCCCAACUUUGUGGCAACCUAUGGCCGUGGCUACCCCGGAUUUGCUCCUAGCUAUGGCUAUCAGUUCCCAGGCUUCCCUGCAGCAGCUUACGGACCAGUGGCGGCGGCGGCAGUGGCGGCGGCGAGAGGAUCAGGCUCCAACCCGGCGCGGCCCGGAGGCUUCCCGGGGGCCAACAGCCCAGGACCUGUCGCCGAUCUCUACGGCCCUGCCAGCCAGGACUCCGGAGUGGGGAAUUACAUAAGUGCGGCCAGCCCACAGCCGGGCUCCGGCUUCGGCCACGGCAUAGCUGGACCUUUGAUUGCAACGGCCUUUACAAAUGGAUACCAUUGAGCAGGUGCUUUCGUUGCCAUCUCACUCUGAGAGCAUCCCUGGAUGUCCAGGCAAGACUGGGCGAAGUUUCUGAGUGGCCCUUUGUUUAGGUGAUGUCAUCGGACCUGGACCCCCGCCAGCCUCACUCCCCAUCCCGACCAGAGAUGGCUCACUUCGGAUCGAGGGUUGACUACAUCUCAUCAUCUCGCGGAUCUGCUGUAAUAUACGACAACAGCUUUUAACUGUGUAUAUAACCCAUGAUUUUGGUUUUGCUCUGUUUUUGUUUUUCUUGAUGGUUUCCCUUCCCCUUCUCUCUCGCCCCUUCUCCUUUGAAAUCUCUUUGAAUCACAUUUAGUAGUGAUUUUGACUUAGUCCAGUAGUCAUAUAGCUUUAAUAUCUAGUUAAAAGCUAACCAUAGUAUAAUUGUUAUAUUAAGGUAUUAUUUUUUUCUUUAAAAAUUUUUUUUUUGCUCGUUUUGAUUCUGUUCUCACUUUUAAAGGAUGCUGAGAUGGUAAUAUUACUCUCAAUAUUUUGGUACCAAUUCCGAGACUGUGUGGAUUUUCGCGUGCGACUGCAGCACACCGGGAAGCGCGGCUGUGACGCGUGGAGGGGAGGUGGGCGUCCCCGCUCUGCUUUGCGUCGUGUACGAAGUGAGGUGUCAUAGGCUAAGAGCAGACUCUAGCAGCCCUUUUUUUUUGUGAUGUCUCUUUGUUAACCUAAGUAUAUCUAUUUUCGGCAAUAAGGUAAGGACGACCAUAUUUCGCGUGUCCUCCUUUUCUAUAAGUGCUUUUUUUCUGUUGAAAGAGGUGAUAUUAUAAGGUUUUUUGAAAUUGUGAAUUCUAAAAAAAAGAAGAAAUGUUGUAAAUACAAUUCCAUUAACUACAUAGAAACUAUUAAGAAAGAGAGAAUCAAAAAUAUUUUUGUGAGGGAGUCGGUCCCAGGCAGUGUGACGCUCUGCGGAAGGAGGAGGGAAGGGAACGCGAACCGAGUGAGUGGCUGAGACUGAAGACCACCCCGCUGCCAGGACGACCCCGGGAGACGUUAGAACACUGCUGAGCUCCUUUUGUCUGUGUGAUAGACCUAACACUCUAUUAGUGUCAUACCAGCAUACUAACCUCCUCCCGUCUGUGCACAGCUUCAGAUGUUACCGUCUAGUUAGAUUUUUAUUUAAAAUAUGAAAAACUGCUUUUCCCAAGACUUUUUUAAAAACAAAGCUACAAUUUUAAUAUUUAACAUAUUUAAAGUUUCAAAGCACACCUGUUUGGCUUGGGUAGGGAGGGGUGGGGAGACAUCCUUUUUCAGUCUUAAUUUUUAACUAUUUGAUCAUUUUUCUAUUGUCCAAUCAUUUCAGCACCUCCAAAGGUCCCUAGGACCCUUUGCCUCUCUUCUCCCUGCCGCCCCCCGCCCCUCACCCGCCCCCAGCUCUGGGGGCCCCCAGGCCAGGAGCGGAUAAGCCUGCAUCAAUGAAACCUUUUCUCCAUUCACUUUCUAUUUACGAAUUAGGAAAGCAACCUUUUGGUUUAUAUAUUAUUUUUAAUACCUCAGUGCUGCAAGUAUCACCAGAGAGGCUAUGGAAGAAUUUUUUUUAAUUUAUUGUAGAUGUAAACAGAAUUUUAAAAAUAAAAAGUAUAAACAUCGCUGCACUGUGACUGGUGGGAAAAACUGACAGUUUCCUGUUUGCACAUGUUGACAUUUGGCUGUUAUAAUAUAUGGUCCUCAGUCGGGGAGAGAUGCUUAUGAUGAAGGAUAUUUUUUAAUUUAACUUUUUUUUAAUAUUGGUAAUAGGUCGGCAACAGCAACUAUAGAAGUACAACUCAAUAGAUGGCAUUAAAACAUAUUGUAGUGUGGAUAUAUAUUUUUUUCUUUUUUAAAAUGUGAUAUUGCCGUUUUAUUAAUAUUUUUUAAAUUGUUACGUUUAUAAAUUUGGUACUUAAGGCACAGCCAGUAUGAGACACUGAAUGCGACAUUUAUUAUAAAGAGCUGCUGCACUCCUAUUUUUAUAAAUUUUACUAACAAAGUAGACUAACGUAGACAGGCGUUCACAGACAUGGUAGCGCAAAUGCAUCUGCAAACAAAAGGCUCCAAAAUGCUGACUCAGAGAGAGAGAGAAGAAAGCCUUUUUCAAUGCUAAUUAAACAACACCAUUUAAAAAUAAUCAUGUUCUUUGUUUUUUCCAAUAAAAGAUUAGGUUGUUGGGUGAGAUUUUUUUUAUGUUUGUUUUUCUUUCUUUUUUUUUAAUUUCCAAAAGACCAGGUUAAGAAAAAAAAAAUACAACGGACGCUUUAAAAAUACCCAAACUUGUUCAAGUAAUAAAAUAACAAAAUAGACCUUUUGUUUUAAGAAAAAGAAAGAAAGAAAAAAAAAGACAAUAAAUUCCCGGAAAUUCAGCGUCUAGACUAGGGACUCUGAUCACCAUUCGUCCAUGUCGGUGAGGUUACUGUACUACCCUGCCUUUCUCUGCACCCCGUCACCUCCUCGAAGACCCUCUGUCGAUCGCUGUCUGUUAAUAAUGUAUAAAAUGGCUAUCUUGUAAGCGUGCUGUCCUGGUACUAGUGUAGUGACUUUUUUUCUUCUCUUUCUUCUAGUACAUAUUCAUAGGUAUAAUGUAAUUAAGGUUUAAAAAUUUAGACAUAGUUAUUCAGAUUUAGGACCAGUAAGGAUAGAACUUUCUCUUAUUUAUGGAAAAAAAAUGCUAAUAAUUUUGGGGCAGUUUUUUCCUUUCGAUUUUUUUUUUUCAGUUUCAAGUUUUAAUUUUAUUUUUCGCUGAUCUGAUGUGGUUUCAACUAACCCAAGGUCUCAUGAUGUUCAAAUGCCGGCAGACUCGACGGCGUUUUGUAGAUCCCCGCCCCCCCCCAACUGUGAAGGGGUGUGCCAUACUACCUUAAAUGCUAAUGCUAGAUAUGCAAAACUGGAUUUUUUUAAUUUAUUUUUUAAAAGAGGGAGGCAUGGUAUAUUAAAAUGAUUUUACUAAGAGAAAAACAUAUUUUUUUAAGAAUGCUCAGAAGAAAUUGAUAAUCUGUGUGAGUAUGUUUUAGAUGUUUCUAAUACCUUUUGAGGAGACCCAGUAGCCCAUAGCACAAAUCUCGUGGAAAUCUGACGCGUUUUAAUGUGGCUACCUAGGUUAAGGUUCACGUUAGUCCCCCCGCCCAUCUAGAAGUCCAUCUGGAAAGAUUUUUGUAACUUAUGUUCGCACUGACGUUCCGCCUUGUCUUUGUUUCGGUUAAGCUCAAUGGCGAACUCGGGAACCACCUUUCGCCUUCCCCGGAGGGGAGACACCCUCUCGGCUGAUGGCUUUUCCCCAGAAUCAUAAAAGAGCCACCGGGUGACUUUCUGACUUCCAGAUCCAUCUGCCUGGGACUCCCAAACUCCUCUCCUCCCAAGCAGAGGAGAGCGAGGGCACUGGCUCCUGGACCCGUUCCGGGUUCUGCCUAGACGCGGAGCGGAUGGGGGUGACCAAGCUCUCCGUCUCCUGUCCAGGAGCCUCUGCACACCUGGUUCGCGGCCUUCCUCACACCCCUUGGGAAAACCAAACAGCCUCUCGCUCUGUCCCAGUCGCUCAUUGGCUUGAUUCAAACAAAGCCCUGACAGGCCUUUGCGUUUCUAUUCUUCCUUCAUAACCUUCAUCUUAAUUUGAACUCGUAGCUUGGACUUUAAGGUAGCAUGGCUCUGUUGCUGUCAAUUUAAUGUCUCACUGCACAGCAAUGCACAGCCAGUGAGUGUUACACACAUCUUACUAGACUAGUAUAAAAAUCAUCGGGUAAUUGUCGGUUCUAAUGACCUGAAAGGUGUUCAGUUUUUUUUGUUUUCAGUUCUCUUUUGAUUUGGAGGGGGGAGUCUUUUUUUUUUUUUUUUUUUUUUGGUUGUUUUUCAUUUGGGGAUUUUGAGAAGAAAUUUGUUUGGGUUCCAAAUAGAAAAACAAAACCCGUUUUGAUCUUUAGUGCAAACGAGGGCUAGGGACUUAGCCACCACCACACCGCUUCAUUCUGCCAUUCACUCACUGCAGCAUCAUCAAAAAUAAAGCAAUAUAGUUUACUACAUUUUUUUAUUGAAGGUCAGCCAUGCUUUCUGUAUUAUAUUGCAUAUGAAAUUGUUUACAAAAGAAACACUAACUCAUCCUUCUCUUUAUUGGUUGGGACUGGCACGCAGGGACAGAGGGAGACUGGGGCUGGGUGGGGAGGGGAGGGUUUUUUUUUUUUUCCUUGAAUGUGCUUCACCAGCCAGACCACCUUCCAAGGAAGGCAAGGGGGAGCAGAGGGACAGAUGCAGGCAAGCACACUGCACAGACACUGGCGGGCCCCCCGCCCUUACCCUAAGCAGCAAAGAAACAGAAGUCAGCUCAGCCCGGACCUGGGCACAGACACUACACAAGGAAACGCUGUACGUUAAGCAAUACUUUAAUACUGUAAUGUGUUUGUUUCCUUUUCCUUUCUCUUUUCUUUUUAACCAAAAAAAAAAAAAACUAAGUAAACUAACACACAAAGAAAUAUGGAUAAAACCCACCCCUCUGGGGAAGCAACCUUAAUCCAAACACUCGGCUCUCAAAACUAUAAUCAGAAUGUAUUGUCUCAGACAGGAUUUCAUUCCCAGGAGGCAGGGGCAGGAGGGGGGCGGGGGAUGGGGACUGCGAGACAGAAGUUCCAGAGCCUCCCCAGCAGGCGCUCUGCUGCCGUAGCUGUACAUACUGUACCAUCCCGUGUGGAAUCUGUGAGUGUCCUCUUGAGUAGCGUGGGCUAGCCAAUCUGCCGUUCAUGGUGUGUUGUAAACUCGGAAUUCCAUAUGUAAUAGGAUGCAAGUCUAAGCGUUUCAUGUGGACAUCAAUGUAUCUAAAUAAAACUUUCCCUAGCACUGUGGCUGACCUCACCCUUACUUUUAUACUUUAGUAUGAAACUGAUGACAACUUUGGUAGUGAGUAUUUUUUUUAUAUAUAUACAUAUAUAUGUAUCUAUAUAUAUAUAUAUCUCAAGCAUCUUUCAGGUCUUUGUGUGUGGCUUUCUUAAAGCCCUGUUGUAAAAAA